CUUGUGCUUCGUCUCUUCGUCGUCUCUCUGAGAUUUCUAGGGCGAUAAGGGAUCAGCAGUGACGAUGGUGAAGGCAUACCCGAAGGUGAGUGAGGAGUAUUUGAAGGGGAUCGACAAAUGCAAGCGGAGGCUUCGUGGGCUCAUUGCGCAGAAGGGUUGCGCUCCGAUCAUGCUCCGUCUGGCGUGGCACUCUGCUGGCACGUAUGAUGUGAAGACGAAGACCGGCGGUCCGUUUGGGACGAUGAGGUUCAGGGCGGAGCAGGGGCAUAUAUGCAACAACGGGAUCCAUAUCGCCGUUGGCCUUUUGGAGCCGAUCAAGGAGGAGUUCCCCAACCUCUCCUAUGGCGAUGUUUAUCAGUUGGCCGGGAUCGUAGCAGUGGAAAUCACUGGUGGUCCUGAUAUCCCAUUCCACCCGGGGAGAGAGGACAAGAAUGAACCCCCUCUUGAAGGCCGCCUUCCUGAUGCUAAUAAAGGUUGUCAUCAUCUUAGAGAUGUUUUUGUUACUCAUAUGGGACUGAAUGACCAGGAUAUUGUUGCUCUUUCUGGUGCUCAUACACUCGGAAGGUGUCAUCAAGAUCGAUCUGGUUUUGAGGGACCUUGGACUUCAAAUCCUCUUAUUUUCGAUAACUCUUACUUCAAGGAGCUUUUGAGUGGAGAAAAGGAAGGCCUUAUCCAGUUGCCAACUGAUAAAGCACUUCUUGGUGAUCCUGCUUUUCGGUCCCUUGUGGAAAAAUACGCUGCAGAUCAGGAUGCCUUCUUUGCUGACUAUGCUGAGGCUCACUUGAAGCUAUCUGAGCUUGGUUUUGCAGACUCUUGAAGAAUUGCCAAAACAAAAGCACCUUUCUUUCAUAUCUUUUUCUUUUUUGUUUGUUUUACUUUCUUGGCACUAGAAUUGGAAGUUGUUUUGGUUCCCAAACAAUAAGGACCUUUGUGUUUCAGCUUUUAGAUUGUGCGGUCCUCUUGUUUUAUUUUGGAUUGUUUCAUAAGUGUUUUUUUUGUUUGUAAUCUAGCGCUAAGACUUUCAGUGCUGGAUCAAAAGACAUUGUUUUAUUAUCCUCUUGGGCCCUUGGCCAAACUUAAUGACUCAGCAACCCACCGAACCAUCUAUUCUCCA